UAGAUGCGUUUGAAAUUGCAGCUGAGCAAGCGCCUCCAAUCGAUAAUGCCAUUAUGGAGCCGUUUCGUGAGGAUCAAAGUGGAGGGGGGGUGCACGCACCAGCGAAGAAAAAGUUGAGGGGUCCGACAACAGCUUUCAAGAAACAUGUCGGUCCUAUGGUCUUGGAGUGUGACAGGGUAGGGCAACCCUCAGGUAAAUGGCGUCGUCAGUAUGCUGGUCAAGUUGGGAUUUGUGCUCGCAAAAUCCCCAUUACACUUCGUAUGAGCGAUGUACCUACAGGCUUGAUUGACGCGUUUUGGAAUGAUACUAGGAGUCUAUUUAACAUUCCAAAUGAGUACGCCAAGCGAAGAGUGUUUGAAUCCUUACUUGUGGCAUGAUUCAGAAGUUUCAAG